CCGCCCCGGGCCUGGCUAAGUUCGCAGGGCUGAGUCACUAGUUCACGUGUCUCUCCUACUGCCUGGAAGCGGUGAAUCCCCAGCCGGCUGCAGGCUUGUAACCAUGGAGAAACUGAGUAAUGCAAACACCCAUUUUGCUCUCGAUCUGUUUAGAAAGUUGAAUGAAACCAACCCAACAGGAAAUAUCUUCUUCUCACCAGUCAGUAUUUCUGCUGCACUGGCCAUGGUCCUUUUAGGGGCUAAAGGUAACACAGAGACACAGCUGUUGAAGACCCUUCAUUUUGAUGUUGUUGAAGAACUUCAUUCAAGAUUUCAGACCCUAACCUCUGACAUAAACAGAAGUGGAGCUUCCUAUCUGUUGAAGCUUGCCAAUCGGCUUUAUGGAGAGAAGACCUACAAUUUUUUAGCAGACUUCUUGACUAAGACUCAGAAACUAUAUGGAGCUGAUUUAGCUACGGUUGAUUUUCUACUUGCUCCAGAUGAAGCAAGGAAACAAAUUAACCAGUGGGUAGCAGAGCAGACUGAAGGUAAAAUUCCCAACCUGUUGUCUGAGGGCUCAGUUAAUAAUAUGACCAAACUAGUGUUGGUGAAUGCUAUUUAUUUCAAAGGAAAUUGGGCUGAGAAAUUUAAAGAAGCAGAUACGAAACAAAUGCAAUUUCGGUUAAAUAAGAAUGAAAAAAAGACAGUGCAAAUGAUGUAUCAGAAAGAGAACUAUCCUUUUGGGUACAUCUCUGAACUGAAAUGUCGUGUGCUAGAGCUUCCCUAUGAUGGAAAAGAACUUAGCAUGAUCAUCCUGUUACCUGAUGACAUUGACGAUAACUCCACUGGACUCCAGCAGCUAGAGAAGCAAAUCACCUUAGAAAAGCUCCAGGAAUGGACACAGCCACAAAAUAUGCAUCCCAUUGAUGUUCAUGUGCAUCUGCCUAAAUUUAAGCUGGAAGACAGCUAUGACCUUAAAUCAGAUUUAGCAGGUCUGGGCCUGCAGGAUAUAUUUGACAGUGGCAAGGCUGACUUGUCUGGAAUGUCAGGCGCACGAGACCUCUUUCUAUCUAAAAUUGUACACAAGUCUUUCAUAGAAGUGAAUGAAGAAGGCACAGAAGCUGCAGCUGCCACUGCUGGCAUUGCUAUGUUCUGCAUGCUUAUGGAAGAGGAUUUCAACGCUGAUCACCCUUUCCUUUUCUUCAUCCGUCACAACCCAACACAAAGCAUACUUUUCUUUGGCAGGUAUGCUUCUCCAUAAAAGAGAAGACAGAGCUACAGCUGAGGACCUGAUCCUAUUUCCACUUAAACCAGUGGGAACCUGUAAUUAAGUUCUUACAAAUUUUCAUUGCAAUUCUCCAUGUCACAAUAAAAUGACUACUCAGAAAUUAAUACCUAAGAUCCUUCCUGGGCUUCUUUGCCAAUUCCUUAGCACUGAUAUCUGUUUGUGUACAGUAAAAUCUGUCUUAUGCAAUGACUUGCAGGGCUGACAAAGUCUGGUUGCUCAACACGGUUGACCUUUUAAUAAAGGUGGACCAGAAUUGAACGUAGUACUUUUGGGGAUUCUUUGAGACGGUUACUUGAGUCAGAAAAUUCCCUAAUGUAUGAAUGCCCUCUUGUGUGGGUUUUGCCAUAUUAUUGUGAACUGGCAGUGACUUCCCUUUGGUGUAAUUCCCCUCUCUGCUGACUUUGAUCAAGUAAUUCAAUGUGCUUGCUCAGCAGGAUAAGUUUGCAAGGCUUUUCGUUUCUUAGGGCUUGGCUACACUUGCAAGUUAGAGCGCAUUAAAGCAGCCCUAGGUGUCCUAACUCACAACCCGUCCACACUGACAAGGCACUUAGAGUGCCUGGACUCUGCAGCUGGAGCGCUCCUGAGUAGUCCACCUCCAUGAGAAGCAUAAUGCUUGCUCCGCCUCGGCUGAAACACCCCAGCGUCAGUGUGAACAUGGUGUUGCAUUACUGUGCUCUGAUCGGCCUCCGGAAACAUCCCAUAUUCAAGUGGCCGCUCUUGUCAUUGUUUUGGAAUCGGCUAUAGGAAUGCGGAUAUGCCCUUUCAAAGCUCUGUUUCUGACAACCGGCUGCUUAUCUGCUCUGGGACAAAGCAAGCCAUUACUGUGGAAUGCUGCUGUUGUGAGUGUGUGUGAGAGAGAGGUGGGGAGGAGGGGGGUCUGCUGCUGUUUGAACUUACAACUUACAAGACAGCAUGUUGACAUGCUCUCAGACCCCAAAAACCCACUCUCUCUCUCUCCACAUACACACAACACACUGCCUGUCACACUCCACCCCCACCAUUUGAAAGCACGUUGCAGCCACCUGCCUGCUGGGAUAACUACCACAAUGCACUGCUAUCUCUGGCGUUGCAAGAGCUGCUAAUGUGGCCACAGCAGUGUGCUCUAAUCUGACAGUGUGGACACACUGCACCAGUUUCCCUACUGUGCUCUCCGAGGGCUGGUUUAACUCUCAGUGCUCUACAUCUGCAAAUGUAGCCAUAGCCUUAGAGUCUUCUUUUAGAGGCCUUUGAACAAAAUGCUGUUUGGCACCAGAAGGCACUGAACAGCCAAGUGGGCCUUAUGUCUUGGGAUAAAAGGUCAAUUAGGAUGUGUCUAGAGAGACUUUCUAUUCUUACAGAAAGCAUUAAGCUGUUUAAACACGUACAACCCUUACAAUCACAGUUUCAGAACUCUAGUAUGAUAUUGCUUCUGAAUGAGGAGGUGGAAAUGGGACAGGCCAUUUCUUAAUGGUUUUUUAAGAAACCUUAACACUUCUGUACGUUUUAAAGAAAAAUUUUAAAAUGGUUUCAUCGGUUUAAAAUGUAUGGAGAUUUUGAGAGGUCUUGAAAGAUUUUUCAGAUUGUUGAAACUAACUUUCUAAAAGGCAUGCAAUCUUGGCCUAAAACUAUAAUAUCAACACAGGAAAGAUUCCUGCUUUCCAGGGAACUGCUCUGUAGCUGUUCCAAAUAUCUUAAGUACAAUUUAUAUAUAUUAAUGCUACAGUGAGCUCUGGCCCACGUGGCUGGCUGGCUGCCUACUGCCUCUUUACAAACUGAUUUUUGCACCAAAUAACAGUUUGACUUCUAGGAACUGGUGUACUUAUGUACUCGUAAUAUCCUGCUGUUGCUUCCUGUUAGUACUAGUAGCCUGUAUAAUUUCAUGUAUAUCCUGUGCAGUUAUUUCUAUGCAUUAACAGUAUAACCUCAAAUAUAUUCUGGGAGUCUAAUUCUGUAUUCCUUUGUGAACCUCACUAUAAUUUUGCCUUGGAAGUACAAAUAAACGGUUGUAUUUUUUUUUUAAAACUGUU